CUGCCUCGCUCGACCAUUACGUGUGUUUUUCUCGCUCUCUGUUUGAAGUCUAAUGAUCCUCUUAAAGAGCGCAGUAAAACGCUGGCCGCUUGGAAAGGAAGGAAACGAGUCCCACAGGCAAAACAGUCAUUCUGCCCUGGCCCUGAUAGCUGAAUAAUGACAGGGAGCGGCUCAGCCUGGCGAUGCGGCCACGGCAUACCUGGGGCUCGUCGUCGUUGUCCUGUUGGUGGCGGCUGCUGCUGGGCAUCCGCGCAGCCUGAAGCUACUGCAAGGCAGCGCCGCGAGUGUCGGAAUGUUUCCUUUGAGACGGACGGGGGCGUGCUUCUUCUUGCUGCGAUCUUCCCCGCGUGGGCUGUCGAGAGGGAGAGGCGCGCUCCCUGCUGGGCGCAGCCACUUGCGAGCGAGGAAGAGGUGUGCAGGCGCGGGUGGUGCUUGGGAGCGAGAAGCGCGGGGGGUCCAAGCUCAGGUGUCUCCUCUCGCUGACUACAAAUCCCAGGCGCCUCCGCUGUGGGUGGCCUUCGUGCCUCACUCCACCCCACCGCGCCCUCCGCCCGCUGGGAGAGCGCCCGAGAGUCGAGGCGGCGGCAGCAGGUGGCUGCGCGCGCCCAGGAGCGGUUCUCUGUCUGCCUGCUGCUGCCGCCGCCGCCGCUGAGCUGCCCACCCCGCGCCCCGCGCGCCUCUCACCUGGCUGAGGCGGGCAGCAUGGCUGAGCCCGCGCUGAGCCAGGCUGCCGUGCUGGACUUCCUGCUGGAGCAGGGCGGCAAGGUACGCAAUUCGGAGCUGCUGCGCCGCUUCGAGCCGCUGCUGGAGCCGCCCGGCGGCGCGGAGCCCGAAGAGCGAGCAGCCCGCCGCGAGCGCUUCAAGCACUUCGUCAACCGCGUGGCCGUCGUGAAGGAGCUGGACGGCACCAAGUUCGUGGUGCUGAAGAAGAACUACCGGCGCGCCUUGGCUGCCCAGCUUGGCGCAGCGCCCGCUGCGGGACGCUCUGGCGAUGUCCCCGAGGAGGAAGAGGAGGAGGCGGCGGUGGAGGAGGAGGAGGAGGAAAGGGGCGCAGCGCCUUUGGCUCCUGGCUCCCCGGCCGCGGCCUCUGGGGUCCCUCUCAUCAUCCCCUCGGAGCAGGGAGCAGUGGAGGAGCAGCCGACAAUGCCCGUGUCCCAGCUGAAGAGUCUCUUUCAAAGGGAGGACCUUGGGGAGGCGCCCAAAGUCCCCAGUGACAGGCUGCCCUCCAAAGCCUCCCCGCAGAAACCCUGCAUGCUGCCAGUGCGCUGCGUGCCGGCGUCCACUGGAGCCAGAGCGGCGGAGGAGCUGAGCCCCGCUGCUGAGCAAGAGCAGCCCACCGGCAAAGACUGGCUCCGGGUGGAGCCCCCCUCUGCCCGCACCUUCUUGCCUCCGUCGCCUUACUCGAAGAGGAGGCAGCUUGAUGAGGCGGAGUCUUAUCUGAAAAGGGCGCCACCGAAGUCGCAAAAGGUGGGCGAGGAAGCCUGCGCUGAGACUGUCCCUCUGGAAGCAGCCGAACACGAGUGGUUGGUGAAAGCCACGGCCGGCCAGUGGUCCCAGAGGCUUCAUGGCCUCUUGCUGAGAGACAAGAGCUUGGCAGGCAAAAGAGAUUUCAUAUCCGGGUUCACUGUUCUGCACUGGGCGGCUAAAAGUGGGAACUGUGACACGGUGUGCAAAGUCAUCGAGGUGGCUGAGAAAGGGGGUGUUCAUGUCAAUGUGAACACCAAGUCCUAUGGAGGGUACACCCCAUUGCAUAUUGCUGCUAUACAUGGGCAAGAGGAAGUCAUUGCCCAGUUGGUCAAGGAGUACAGUGCCAAGGUGAACUUGAGAGACUACAGUGGGAAGAAACCCUACCAGUACUUAAAAGAAGGGUCGUCUUUUGCGGUUAGGCAUCUCCUGCGUGACCCUGAUCUUCACACCGCCACUGGACACAACACCUCCAUUAAGAAGAGUGCAAAAGUGGCGGCUUCUAUUCUGAGUUCUACCAGUACUGUCCUGGGGCUUUUGUCUGAUGACACUGCUUUCUAUGAGCUGACCAAAGGCCUGAAGAAACCUACUUCGCUCAAUAAAUUUCUUGGUGCGACAGCCCCAAGGAGAAAGCUGAAGUCCAGAGGAACUUUCUCGUCACAUUCUUCCUUGUCUGAGGCAGUGGAGGAAGAACAGGAGGAAGCCACAACAAAACGUAGACCAGUUUCAGAGCUGUUUUUUGGCUUUUAGUUCCUGCUUUCCUGAAUCAAAUAAUAUGAAUCAUGAAGUGGAUGUGUGAGAACCACACAGGAAACAACACUCUAUUGGAGUUCUGAAUGUGUUUAGGAGGUCCAAUCCAAAGACUGGGGUAGGGCGGAUUAUAUUUCAGGUUGGAUCUAAACACUAUACUGUAGCUGGUUGCAAAAUUCUUUAUUUGACCUUUACCUCACACAACAUCAUCUUUUCCUUGAGAAAAAGGUUAUCCACAGUAAAUGAAUGUGAAUCUUUAUCAGGGCUUUCUUUCUUUCUUUCUUUCUUUCUUUCUUUCUUAUUUAAUGUAAGAUUUAAUUUAAUGUAGGAUCUUCCAAAAUGUUUGGUUUAGGCUCUCAUAACUUAUCUGGAUGCAUGGUUCAUUAAAAUCAAUUUAAAUGUCCAAAAGGAAUCAAAAUGAAUGUGCCCAAUUCUGAUGGAUGCCAUUACAUAUAAAGUAGUGCAUCUUGAAACAAAAACAGCAUGUUGAGUUAAUAUGUACAGUUUUAAAGAACAAAACAUUUAACUGAAAGUUUCAUUGCUUCAAGUCAAACUGGAAGUGGGAAGUAAAAGUGGGAUUUCAGAAUUUUCUAACAAUUUCUGUUAAAAAUAUGUGCUUAUGAAAAGAAGAACUUCUUUCCCUAAUGCUGUGCUGUUUACAGGGGAGGAUAGCUGUACCCUGAUUUGCAUUUGAAUGGGAAAUUACACAUGUGAGCACUAUGAGCCCCAUCCUCUUAGGGAUGGGGCUGCUCUGGGAAGAGCACCCGCAUUCUUGCAUGCAGAAGGUUUCCUCUUGGCAUCCCCAGAUAGGGUUGGGAGAGACUCCUGCCUGCAACCUUGCAGAAACCGCUGCUAGUCUGUGUAUGAUACUGAGCUAGAUGGAUCAAUGUUCUUACUCAGUAUAAGGGAGCUUCCUUUUGUACAGUGUUGAAAAUGUUGGAACACUAUUUGCAAUGGUUUGCACUGGCUACAGUUCUCAUGGCAGCCACCCGAGUCUGCAGUGAAUAUGUGAUUUAAGUUAAAGGACUACAAUCAAUCUGUGUCUUUGCUUUUAAAGUGGAUACUGAAAAUUCAGAAUGACCUUUCUAUUCUGUAAACUUAAAUAUGUUUGAAAAGGGAAGAUACUCUCUUUUCCAGUGUGCCACUAAAAACUAUGUAUUUUACUAUUAUUAUUAUUUUUAAAAAGAAGUGUCUGUGUUUAAAAUGCCAUCUUGCAAUUAGUCCAGAGUCCAGUGGCUCAUCUAAAGUGGUUUACUAUGUACAUAACAGAAUUAAAUAAGAGAACCAGCCUCGUCAACUCUUUAAAAAAGAAAACCCUGAUAUGUCUACCUACCUCAGUGUUAUAGUUACAUAACUGGCUCAGUUAUGUCUUGUUUUAUUCAGUGAAUCUAUAAUACAAAGCUUGUUGGAAACAAAUGAAAAACAUUGUGAUGCUGAAUGCAGCGAUUACCUGUCAAAACAGAAUACAAACCUUUGGCAUUUGUGGAAGUGACAUUUUUAAAAGUGUAAUGACAGGAGAAAACCUAUUUAGGGUGCAUAUUUUUAAUAUGGGGAGAAGGAUAUUAGAAAUAUAACAAUUUAGGCAGUUAUUUUUAUAUUGUUCAUCAUGUAAACAUUUAUGUAUGUUGAUCUCUUUACAAUGAGUUUUAAAUCACAGUUGGACAUGAUCUACCAGCCAUUGUUAAGUGCGUGAAAAGAAUGUGCCUCUGCUUGAUUAAAAUAAUGGACUUAUAGUGUGGUGUUGUGAGCUACACAGGCAAUUUUUAAAAGACAUUGAGGGUUACUUUCAAAAUUCAUUAUUUUUUAAGCAUAAAUUAUAUCUAGAUUUGAUAAUGCCUUGCUUGAACAAAAAGCUCUUUGUAAACAAAGGUAGUUAUUGUCCCAUUUUACAAAGGGGUGAUGGGUUGUUUGCCAGAAAAUGAUUAUAAUUGACUACUCAGUGGAGUAGUGUGAAGACCCAAAACCUGAUCCUGUGCAUCUUUACUUGGAAUUACAUCUUGCUUAAUUCAUGUAUAUGUGAGACUGAAACGCAAGAGGGUUUUCACAGAAGACAAUGAAACCACCCUUGUGCCUCCCAUUUGCUCUUUAUGCCACAUAUAAAUAUUGGUUUAGUGGGAAGUGAAUACAGAAGAUAUAUUAAAUGCACAUGAUAGCUGAUGCAAGUUUAACAGUUGUGUUGGAGACAGGUUCUUAAAAGCCUUGUGGGGAAACACUUUCAACAACUAAAAUGCUGACCUAAUGGGAUUGGAGGUACAACCUCCAACUAGGGUGCCACUGGGAUGGGUGACAUAAUCAGAAACUAUGUGUUUGAGGUGUCCCUACUGAGGUGCCCCAACUGUAUCCAAUUUGGUUCAUAUUGGUUCACACAUUGCCAGGUUGAUAGAUACACACACACACACACACACACACACACGCCGGGUGAUCUCAUAAGCUUAGUUUCCUUAAGGAAAGUAGGCAAAAAUUCAAUAAGUGAAGCUUGCCAUCUCAUGAAGGGAAAAGCUUCACUUGUUGAAUUUCUGGCUGCCAUUGCAGCUUUAAACAUAAAUACAGAAGAGCCCUUCAGUAAAGAAAUAUGGCAACCCUAUAGUCAAAUGCUAGGUGAUUUGUUAAGCUGCUAAGUAUUUGAAAAUAUGCAUACUGCAUAAAGACUCAACAUAUAUUAAAGGUUACGUGUAAAAGGCUAACUGUGUUACCCUCUCAAGGUUAAGCAUAUGCACUUCAAGACCGGGAUAGUCUGAUAUCUGUAGUGUCCAUUUCACAUCGUGAAAGUGGCAGAGAACAGAACCAACCUAGGGUCUGCUUAAACUAUUCUGCAUGGAAUGCUGUUUCUUUCUUUGCACUGUCUUAACAGGCCACAUAAGCUUUGAUAUUUACUUUAAAAAUCUAUCUUUCUGCCUGCAACAAAAUCAACAAGUUAGCAUGCCUCGUUGCAAUCUGUUUAUUAAAUUUCCAUUAGGUGUUUACAUUUCAAUGGUUAUGUUUUACUAGAGCACUUUGAAAUUCUUUUCAGAGUCAUUGCCUCUUGGAAUGUUUUGUUAUCAGCCUUGCAUUAAUAAACUCAGUACUUCCUCUUUCUA